CGCCUCUAGUCAAUACAACCAACUUUUCGAAACGACCUUUAGUCACCGAAUCUGAGGCCUGAGCAGCAACCGGUUACCCUCUUGCAUCCUUCAUGUCACAACGAAAAGAAAUUUACCUUGUCAUUGGAGGUAGCGGUUUUGUUGGCCGUCACAUCGUCGAACACCUUCUAGCUCGUGGAGACAUUGCUAGUGUAUUUGACAUCGUCCAGCGACAUCACGAUGUCGACUUUUAUUCCGGUGAUAUUACGGACGAAUCCCAGCUACUUGAUGUAUUGCGAAAGACCGGUACGACUUGUAUAAUUCACACCGCUUCACCACCACACGGCGCCAAAGAUCCAAGUAUAUAUUAUAAAGUCAAUGUCGAUGGCUGCAAAGCCGUCAUCAAUGCAGCGCAGGCCGCUGGUGUGACAAAGCUGGUGUAUACAAGCAGUGCCGGUGUCGUUUUUGAUGGUGGUGACGUCGUCAACCUCGACGAACGUGCUCCAUUCCCGGAGAAGCCAUUUGAUGCAUAUAACGACUCAAAAGCACAGGGAGAGAAACUCAUCCUCGAGGCCAAUGGUAAGGGUGGACUACUGACUGUUGCUUUGCGGCCUGCAGGCAUUUUCGGUGAGGGUGACCGUCAAAUGAUGGUAGGCCUCUACCAAGCUUACCAGCGUGGGCAAACCCACUUCCAAGUCGGAGACAACAAUAACCUCUUCGACUACACCUACGUCGGUAAUCUCGCAAAAGCACAUCUAAUCGCCGCGGACAAACUAUCAUCUCCCUCACUUCCUACAUCCUCACAAGAGACUCUCACUACCGACUCACUCACGGCCAAUCUUCACCUUGAUCGCGCCCUCCAGCCUGUCAGCGCAACAACCGGGGUAAAUCGAAUCCCAACAUGCGAAGCACGCCCUCUAGGGCCAUACGUCACGCUACCGCCUAAUGCUGCCGAAAUAGAGGCAGCGUUCACCACUCCACGCGAUCCACACACUCCCGCGCACCGUAUCAUACGCUCCCGAUUCGACCAACCUCGUCGCUUGCAGGUUGCGGGGCAAGUGUUUUUCAUCACGAACGGCGAGCCGGUGUAUUUUUGGGAUUUUAUGCGCCUCAUAUGGCUUGCGCUCGAUCCGCCUUCGUCGAAGUCCCCGUCGGGCGCAUCGGAGCGGGCACAGCGGCCUGCCUGGGUGAUACCUAGGAGCUUCGGGAUGGUGCUCGGUUUCCUUUCGGAGUGUUGGGCGUCCUUGAUUGGGAAAGAGGCUGGGUUUACGCGAUAUAGGGUUGGGUAUAGCUGUGCUACGAGGUACCACAACAUCGAGAAAGCAAGGCGUGUGCUUGGAUAUGAACCGGAGGUCGGGCUCGAGGAGGGUGUCAGAAGAAUGGUAGAGUGGUUCAAGAAGGAGAACAAUCUUCCGUGAUCAUCGGCUUUGGAUGCCUUUCAUGCUUUAUUGAUACCCCCUCGGUCGGCUUUUCAACGAUAUAUUGUAUUUACAGUAGCAACUUAGGAAAUAUAAUAUUGGCAGUCUUGUCCUUCGUUUGCCUCUGCAAAUAGACACUGUCUCUCUUCGCGUUCUCAC